CCCUCUUCAUCUCUCUCUCUCUCUCUCUCUCUCUCUCUCUCCUCUUUCGUGAACUUUCAAGAGCCAGCCAACCCUUUCUUCAUCUCUUCUGAAGGUUUCUUUUACAAUUACAACUCUUGUUGGGGUCCUGACCGGCUUGAUUAUAGCCCUCUCUCUCUCUCCCCUUACUCUCUCCUCUUUCGUGAACUUUCAAGAGCCAGCCAACCCUUUCUUCAUCUCUUCUGAAGGUUUCUGUUACAAUUACAGCUUUUGUUGGGGUCCUGACCGGCUUGAUUAUAGCUCGUUUGACAUCGAUUCUUCACGUAAACAAGCCUAGUUCGAACAUAUUUAUCAGCCCCUAUCUGUACCCAAUUCAGUUUUGAAGGCCUCAAUUAACAAUAAAAGCAGAUGGAGCACACGGGUUUGGAAGAUCAAGUCUCAGUCGUGAUCGACGAUCAAGACGUUCUAACUUCAGAUUGCGAAUUCGAUUCAGCUAGUUCGAUUUUUUCCCAAUUUGGGUUCUUCACGCGGAACGGAAUGGCUCUGUUAGAGGAUGGGAACAGCGAGCGCAGGAUCAUCGAGAGAAGCUUUCUGAAGGGGUUGGGUCAAUUCGGAAAGGAAACAAAAGUUGUGGCCAUUCAUAAGAACUCGUAUUCUAGUCCAAUCGGGCAAGCUAGAAUGGAAAGUUUCAGGAUUUUCUCGGAGGCGGUGAAGAGGAAAUCCGGAGGCAGCAAUGCCAAUGUCAAGUAUGCUUGGUAUGGAGCUUCUAGAGACGAGAUUUGCGAGAUUGUAACUCAUGGGUUUGGCCGAUUUCGAGGCGGCGAAAACAGCGAGUCAUGUGGCCUUGGGGUUCAUCUCUCUCCUGCGAAUUUCUCCAUUGAUGGGAUGAUAUCAUCUGGCAUGGAUGACAAUGGGAUAAGGCAUCUGUUGCUGUGCCGUGUGAUAUUAGGGAACACGGAAGUGGUACGUCCUGGAUCGAAGCAAAUCCAACCAAGUUCUACAGAAUUUGAUUCCGGAGUAGAUAAUCUGUUAUCGCCAAGACGAUAUACAAUUUGGAGUCCCUACAUGAAUUCGCACAUUUUUCCGAAUUACGUUGUCAGUUUCAGAGCUCCCCGGGUUACUGGUUUUGAAAGGAUUCGGAGGUCUAUAGUCGGACCUAGUUCGCCAUACAUGACGUUUCCCACUUUGUUGUCCACACUUUCAAGAUUCUUACCUCUUUCGAAGAUGGUUUUGAUUACCAAAUUCUAUAGUGCCUACAGAGAAAAUAAGCUUUCCCGCAUCCAACUGAUACGAAAAAUGAGGCGACUAGCCGGAGACAAGCUUUUAAUCGCCGUAAUCAAAUUUGAUAGGAAAAAGCAACUCCAGGCAAGAAUUAGAUCUUCAGCUUCAGCAGAUUUAAAUGGUGCAAAGAGCUAUGCAGCAGGUGCUUGAGUGGCCGAAAGAGAAACUGGCUUCGUCCCGCAUUGCUUUCAACCCUGCAGAUCAUUCCCUAGUAGCGUUCAUAUUCGUAGUCUUCCGCAGAUUUUUUGCAAUUGUUAUGGUUAAGGAAAAAUUGUGCGUUUUGAUCCAUUUGUUCUGCUCCAGUAGUUUUAGCUCAA